AUGGCCAAAGCUCUCCUCUUAGCGCUCGCGUGCUCAGCGCUGCGUCAGGUCACGGCCGCCACGGUCACCUAUGACUUUUCCAUCGGUUGGGUUCGUGCCAAUCCCGACGGCGCCUUCGAGCGGCCCGUUAUUGGUAUCAACGGUCAAUGGCCUAUUCCGCGCAUUGAGGCUAACAUUGGCGACAACAUCAUCGUCAAUGCCUACAAUGCUCUGGGUAACCAGUCCACCUCGCUCCAUUUUCAUGGACUGUUCAUGAACGGAACCACGCAUAUGGAUGGCCCUUCCCAGGUCUCACAAUGCCCCAUCCCUCCGGGAUCGAACUUCACCUACAACUUCACGAUCACUCAGCCUGGAACAUACUGGUACCACUCUCACACGAAGAGCCAGUAUCCUGAUGGUCUGCGCGGUCCCCUCAUUAUUCAUGAUCCGGACAACCCGUACAAGGACCAAUAUGAUGAGGAAGUCAUCGUCACCUUGUCCGAUUGGUACCAUGCGCAAAUGCAGGUGCUCAUCCCGCCAUUCAUGAGCAAGACUAACCCCACCGGUGCGGAGCCUGUGCCCAAGGCUGCGCUGAUGAACGAAACCCAAAACCUCACUAUCUCGAUUCAGCCCGGCAAAACCUACUUCUUCCGCGUCAUUAACAUUGGUGCCUUUGCCGGUCAAUACCUUUGGUUUGAGGGGCACAACAUAUCCAUUGUCGAAGUUGAUGGAGUCUACACUCAGCCGGCCGAGGCCGAUAUGAUCUAUCUGUCCGCAGCACAGCGAUGCAGCUUCCUUCUGACCACUAAGAAUGACACCACCCAGAAUUAUCCCAUUGUGGGAAGUAUGGAUACGACCCUCUUUGACACUCUUCCAGAUGACCUGAACUGGAAUGUCACUGGAUGGUUGACAUACGAUUCAUCGAAGUCAUUCCCUGAACCAGCGCUCAUAGACGGUGACUUCCAACCAUUUGACGACAUGACCCUGGUUCCGCACGACAGUCUCGAACGCUUUGGUGAGCCCGAGCAGACUGUUGAGCUCGAUGUCAUUAUGGAUAACCUGGGUGAUGGUGCCAACUACGCCUUCUUCAAUAACAUUAGCUAUGCCUCUCCUAAGGUUCCGACAUUGUACACCGCUCUUACAACGGGAGAUACAGCCACGAACCCCGAGGUUUACGGCACGUAUACCCAUAGCUUCGUGUUGAAGAAGGAUGAGAUUGUCCAGAUUGUGGUCAACAACCUCGACACUGGUCGUCAUCCUUUCCAUUUGCACGGUCAUCACUUUCAGGCCCUUUACCGCGGCGAAGAAUCGAGUGGAACUUUUGAGCAGUCUAACAUGACGGAAAGCGACUUCCCUCAAGUUCCGAUGAGACGCGACACCCUUGUCAUCUGGCCCGAGGGCAACAUCGUCCUUCGCUUCAAGGCAGACAACCCAGGAGUUUGGCUGUUUCACUGCCACAUUGAGUGGCAUGUUACCUCCGGUCUUCUCGCAACUUUCGUCGAGGCACCCUUGGAGCUUCAAAAGUCCCUCACACUUCCGCAAAGCCACCUGGACGUCUGCAACGCCGGAAACGUGCCAACCGCGGGAAAUGCGGCGGCGAACACCGUAGACUUGUUGGACCUCUCAGGCCAGAACUCCCCACCCGCUCCUUUGCCUGCUGGGUAA